AUGGUGCCCGUGAGUGAGGCUCUUGAGCGCGCGAAGGCGACGCGAGACGCGCGAGGAGGACGCGUGGAGGGAAGAAGCGCGUUCGACGCGCUGGCGUUCUCGGGUUGGGCGCCCGAGACGGUAAACGGACGAGCGGCGCAGAUUGGGAUCGUGUGCGGACUGUGGCGGCAGUACACCACGGGAACGGGGUUCGUGACGCAAGCGCACGAUCACGUGUUGUUGUUCGCGGCGGUGUUGGCGGUGGUCGCCGCGGCGUCGGCGGCGCCGAGCUUUUUGGGGAAGACGUACGGCGGCGAUCCCAAAAGUAAGAAGGAUGUCGGAAUCUUCACCGCGCGUAAGGAGAUGAUUCAUGGACGAUUAGCGAUGUUAGCCAUCGCUUACGAGGUGUACGCGGAGUUGUCCGCGAGAGGCGUGACGGCGCCGUUUUAG